GCUGGAUCGAAGAUGGUGUGCUGGCCAUGUGGUCAAACUAUUUCGGAUUACAAUCCUAGGUUCCAUUUACACCAAAACCAACAAGUACGCAAAUACUCCAUUCACUUUGCGGCAUUGCCUCUAUCCAUUUCUCAAUCAGCAGCGAACAGUGUGUUGCUACGUGCAAAUUUAACGGCGUCCUCUUUUGGGCUAAUCACCAUUAUGAUAGCAUAUAUGAGCACCAUCCAAAACUGGAACGCAUCUAUCCUCUUUAUUGCAGCAGUCACUGUCAUGUACACAAGACGCUUCCACUGGCGUACACGCACUGACAAAUGUUAUAGAUGUUGUUAGCGCAACAAUAACGGCGAGGAAGGAGAAGCGCAUUGUUUGUUUGUGCGAGGUGGUAUGAACCGCUGAGGUGCUCCAAAAUUCUCUUUGGGGUGAAGUGGGUGGUAGGAAGAUGGCUCGCUCUUAUACUUCCCAGAAUUUUGUUUGGCAGAAUGGUUUAGGCAGAACUGAUCCCUGCCAGUCAUCUCGCGGGAAACUCAGCUAGCGACGAGUGACCAGUCCCCUGGUACUCGUCCGAAAUUUUUUGUUUCCCAGAAGUUGCGUCACUUCAAGGUACGAGCAAUUGCCAAUUGCUCCUUCAAGCCUAUGCAAGACCCCGAGGAGCCCAUCUUCGUUACUAAUGUCCGUU